GAUCGCUCAUUCGGCACCUGAUCUUCCCGGCGAAUGCGCUGUAUCUGGUCUAUGACGAUAUCCCUUUCCAUGGGGUGGAGUACUUUGCCUUUGCGCUGAUUGGAGUGAUUGGCGGCCUUCUGGGCGUAGUUUUCUGUAUGGCUAUUCAAGCAUGGAUUGAUACCCUGCGCUACCUCACACGGCGAGGGGUGCGGGUCUUCGUCAACCCAUAUUUCCACACCGCCUUGGUUGCGCUGGUCACCUCGGCUGCGUUCUUCUUCCAGGGCACGUACGCACGAACGUUGCUGAUACCCCAGGUUCGUCAGCUGUUGUACGAAGAUAUCUGUAACCCGCAGCAGGGGUCCGGUGUAAGUGAUGAUUGGUGCUCGCCUCCUGGAUUGUAUGCGCGGUUGGUGUUUCUGAUCAUCACGCGCUUCGUGUUCACUGUGCUUGCGGUCUCUCUGCCCGUGCCAGCUGGGAUCAAGCCCGUGUCACAUCUGAUCAAUCUGCUGUUCGCUGAACCGGACGAAGAGGAACUGCAGAAAGAAAACUAUUACGCAGAGGGCUUCUAUCGCUUCGGAAGGAAAGUGCGGAGACGGUCAAAGGAGCUCAUAGGGCCAAGGCACAGUGCUGUACAAAUUAAUGCGGAUGACGAGGACGCGAUCGUUUCUCAGUCUGACAUGCGCAUGCACUCCGAUGAGGCAGAUGGGACUUCUCCACAAAAUGGAACUGCGGAAGAUAUCGAAAAGGGAAAGUCUCACGCAAUCGCCAUAGAAGAGCUAGACGGCAUGCCUGCGGGUGACCUUCGGCGCAGUAUGAUUACCAAUGUUGACUCAAACGUUACAGAUGACAGUCACAAUUCUGAAAGACCGGACAGGAGUGCGGAGCAGAUAAAGCGGCACGGGCUGUCGCUGGGGGUCGAUGAUAAGGCCAAGUACAACCCGUCCAAUAUAUACCGGAAUGAGAGAGACUCGCCAAACCGGGACGAGGUAGUGCCUGAACCCCGUCGGGAGAGCACGGGCACGUUCUGGUUCAAAAUACCGGGACGCAAGCGGUCAAGCAACUCGUCGGUGUUAUCUAAACAGGCCAAAACGUCACCCCUUUUAAAAAGCACGGGUCCUAAAAAGCGCGGGAGUGCGGGUAGCUUCAAGAGAAGCCGGGGAUCAAAUAGUACUGAGCGGAUCAUGCGAAGGUUUUUGGGCAACUCCAUGGACACAACUGCGCCCAUGCGGCGCACCCAAACCAUCUCGUCACAUGGUUCAUCGCUGUCCCGUGAUUCGUCCCACAAUUCGUCCCGCAAUUCGUCCCGCAACUCGUCCCGCGAGGGUUCUGGUGCUCGGGCGGGUGUGUAUUCGCGCAACAGUCCUGAGGAUAGUGAACCUCUGACUGGUCUACAUUUUGGCGCCGAUUAUGAAUCGAAUUCGAGGUCAAGUACUCCGCCAAAAGCAAAGGCCAAACGCGAGCCCAAAGUGAAAGUCGUGGCCAAGCGCAAUCCGAAGAACAAAGCGGCCGCGAGGUUGUCUAUGAACAGCGUGGGACGAUUUUCGGUUGUCAACGUGUCAGGGGUGGCGAUAGCUGUUACCCCCGCUUCACACAGUGAGCUGCCGGUAAUCAACCGGUACAUCGCCAACCAAGAACCUAGUGCUGACAGCGUAUCCAAUACGGCCGAGCCCCACUUCAUACUCAAGUUUGAUCCCGAGAGGAAGUUGAGCAAAGCUCGAAUGCCUACUGAUUCUGAGGGCAACAACAACCAAUCUUCACCUGGAGGAUUCUUACAUUCGUUGAAGACACCGGAUGCGGCAGCCAAUGGCCACUCUACUGUAGAGUUGCCGUGGAUGGGCGAAGAAGAAGAAGAAGCAUCCAGUGCCUCUGGGCGUGACGGUCCCAAAGACUCGAACACGGCUCUGCUGGCCAUCAGCGCUCCACUGAAACGCCUGCGCGCGCGAUCGGUCGAACGCAUGAACCACAUUCUGAACAUGCACAAUGCGAACAAGAAGACACCCGUAGAACAAGAUCUGGACGAUCCCAAGACUCUGAAGCGGACUACAUCGAUCGGCCGCUUCUCUGUCACCAGAGCACAACCGCCAAAGCUGGAUAGCGAGGGUAAUGUUAUUGAGGACAACGAUGGUGGUAAGAUUAACGUUAGUGGUUCAGACAGAGAUAAAAGGACAGAAACAGACGUGCGGGGAGAGGUAUCACAUGAGGGUGGACUUCCUCAAUCGUUCCCGCUGAGAAAAAUGCGCGCGACUGACUUCAAGCUCUUAGCCGAUGUAGAGAGUGAGACUUUGCCCAACCAAAAGCCCACUGCCCGACCGAACAUUUUGUCAGUCAACGAGGCACACAUGCGCACACUUGAUGACGUAAUAGGGGGCGGUGCAAUCUCAGAUGACGGAUUAAGCGAACAGAUGACACGCCGAAACAAAGCGCCUGAUGCGGGAGACACACCUGUACUGAGCAAAUCGGCAGACGGGCACAGCACACCCACAGCUGAUUCCAGUGACUCCUGUGCCCAGCAGCACCAGCUACAACAGCACACACCACAACAACACGAGACACAGCAACUCAAACCGCACCACCACUCGGCGGAUACGGCUGAGAUCGACACACCGUCCGCAGCCCCACCCACCCAACCCCACACCCCUGCAGCGAUGAACACACAUGAGCCACCCGUAGUAGUACUCACGGGCACAUCGGACUCAGGGGCGCCACACAACGACACACACACUCUCUCACUCGAUACCCCCAACACCCCCACCGCUACCACCACACGGCCGCUCAGCGCACGAGAUCCACACCUGAGGGACGAUGCCAAGUGCACCGAUGACGUCAUCCCGGGGAAUACAGGUGGCGACAUGGGCAAAGUGGUCGCCGCGCGCGGCUUGACCAAUCACGGGGAGCGUCGUGCGAUCAAAGGCACCAAGUCACUGGGACUGAGCAGUGAUAUGGGUAGAUUAGGUACAGGUAGCAAUAGGGGCGGCGGAGAUACAAAAAAUUCACUCCACCGCGCCACGUCGAUGGAUGGAUUCGCCUCGCCCCACCGCUUGGCAUCGGUAGGUAGAUUUAGUGUACUCCCAGCCGGAGCACGUGCGUCGGCUCCCGGAUCUCCGGGUUCACCUCUCACAGUAGCGAAAGAUACUCCUGUAGUAGCGAAAGUUACUCCUGAAGUUAUACGUUCCCGUUCGUCUGCUCCGACACCUGAAGGUGCGGACAGUUUGUUCGCCAACGCGAGCCACAGUUCCACUGCUAUCAGCGAAGGGGGCAACCGUUUCAGUGUAGCUCUAACGCCGAAGGCAGAGGCUGAGAAACACGAUUUCGCUAAAGGUGUGAAGACGGGUGAAGUUUGCACCGCAGAGUGUACCAAGGAGUGCACGAAGGUGGAUACAAAGCCAACCGAGCGAUCAGGUGUGAGAACUCUUAGUGCUAGCACUAAGGAGAGCAUGGAUAGUCUACAACACCCGUCCAGAGGGAGUGGGGCAAGUACCACGGACGCAGAGAAGAAUGCAAACAAGCUCACGCGCAGUACGAGCGGGCGCUUCGUGGUGGGUAUUACACCUACAACAGAGGCAUUGAAGCACACACCCAGAAUGAGAGGUACCAAAAGCUCGGAGGCGCUGGACGUCAAGGAGUGGUUGCAGGAGACGGAAGAGGGCAAGAGUGCACUGAAAAGGUCUGCAUCAGGUGCGUCGUGGGGACGGCCAAGUCGCCAGGACCGUGCACAGAUUAAGGAUGAGCUGGAAAGAGCGAACAGUCCACUAUCCAGGCGUAAAAGUUCACGCAACGAUAAGAAGGAUUCGUUGAACUUACCACCGUUGACAGACAUCUUCCAGCAGCACCUCGAACCCUACAUCCCCACAUACCUGGCAGGGCCUCAGGUGGAGGAUCAGCAUCCAAUUCUGCGGCGUAAACCGCACUUGUCCGAGAGUGAAGUACCCGAAACGGAAUCCAACCCGAAUCUGUUUGAGUAUGCGAACCAGCCGCGUUUGCACCGACUGAUGUCACUACCUGCCAACGGCGGCGCACACAACACCACCGGAAUUGUGAACUCACAGAACACCCGAAAUAGAAUCAGCCGAAUGGCCUCAGGCCUAGAAAGCGGUACCAGCGGACACAGUGGCUUAGACGUGCUUGUGGAGGGCCAGUUGAACUACUCUGUGAGUGACUCGGGGGGUGACGCGCAACCGAGAAGUUUGGUACUCCCGGAAAGUAGUCCAUGGCCAGUAGAAGGAAGUAUCCCCGACGCUUUAGAAGGAACUUCCGAUGGUGCCCGGUCGCCCAAGAGUAUCAAGUCUUUGCCAGCGCGUGGCCAGGAUGUGGUAGAUGAUACUCUAGAUAUGGAAAUCAAGGAGUUUAAUUCUCUACCUAUGCAAUCAGAUGCCAUGUCCUGUGAGCAAAGCCCGAAUAUUUUCUUCGAUAUUAAUCAGUCGAGUGCAGAGAUCGCAGCACGACGGCGCAGUUCCAUCGGGCGAUUCGAUGUGCGUGCGGUGGACGAGAACGACCUUCCCUUGCAACUGUUGCAGAAGUACACGCACAAGCCCGACGGAAACCAGCGCCACGCCCACACAGCUACGCGUGAAUCAUCUGGGCAUGGACACGCACACACGCCGGAAUCAGCGCGGGCACGCGGACGCUCGCCUGGGCGACCACGCGCACACGCGGACUCAUCUGACGAUUCACGCGCAUGCGCACAGACGCGGAAACUCAGACGCAGUCGCACGCACACCCCAGACUACAGGCUGACGCGCUCACGCUCACCAGACCACGUGCCGUGGCAGGAAGAUCCACUUACCCAUCAGAGGAUACGCAAGCGUCCAUCACUACACAUCGAUACCCACACGAAUGACCGUGCCUACGCUCACGCACAAACGCACACACACAUGCGUACACAUAGUCGAUCGCCGAGCAGGUCUCCCACAGGGUCUCUCAGGAGUGCGCCGUUGAGAGGCAGUGACAGUGACGCUGAACCAGAGUGGCUCGAGACCAAGCUCAAGCCCAUGGCAUCGGUGGGGAGGUUCGAUGUGAAGCCCGCAGACGUCACUACUGCAGCUACUGAUGAUGAGGAGACGAACGGCCUACCUCCGGCCACGCCCGUGAACACGCCCGUCCACCCGUUCACCGACUCGCAUACGUACAUUCGCGCACAGGAUAGUGCAGCACGCCCCGAGAGAGCGCACAGCAUCGCCCAGGUGUAUGCACAAGCACACACAGACGAUGGCAGCAAACAGGCGGAUCCACAUGUCUAUGCCGGCCGGCAUAGCGCGCCCUCCACGGGUUCAAACGGCGAGGAGUGGAUUGGUAUCGAGAUGCAGCCGAUGGGGGAUGGACGGACGCCGGCCAGCGCUACGACAAAGGGGACUAUUACUAAGGAGAAUAGUGGCCGAGUGAAUGCUGGCAAGCAGAGUACUGCCAAAUCGAACGCUGGCAGGAGGCAGUCGCACGGGAGAUUUGAUGUGGUUUCUACACCCACCGAGCAGCCGAGUGCUGAUGACAGCCAAUCCGAGUUGUCAAUAGCCUUUGACACUCAACCGAGCACAAGUAGCACCAAUGACACCGGAACCUACGACACUGAAACCGACAGCGGCAAUCGUCUGCUUGUAACACCAGGGCCGUUGACUGACACUCGAUCACAACUCAAGACCUUCCCACUACACCAACGACCGAGUGACUCGCGAAUAUCAAGCGAUUAUACGGAGCGAGAGGACGGGAAGGGCAACGAGAGUGAAAACAGUGCGAGCAGGAGGGGGUCGGAGGUGUACGAGGAGCUGUUAAAGGAUAUCGCCCAACACGCCACGGUCUCUGAUGAUAGCCCUGUGUACCGACACAGAAGAGGGUCUAGCAUUAGUCUGCUGAAGAGCCCACAUAUGGGUAUGAAGGAUGAAGUGAAGGAAACCUCGCUGGGUAACACAUUUUCCGAAUUUAGCAGUAGUCCGUAUCUUAGCCACAGCAAUGACACUAUCGAGACUCUCCCCCUUAAAGGCAAAGAGAAGAUGGAGCGUGUCCCAUCCUUGUCACCCACCAGUAAAACGUCAAAGGGCAAAAAUAAGGCCCACAGACGGUCAGUAUCGCUCAACAGUUCUGGUAGCGCCAGCAGUCCCAGCAGUAGCUUCUUCCGAUCGCCAAGAUUCAAUCGACCAUCAAAUGAGUCGCAGAAGGUGCCCAUGCAGCUUGCUGUGCCAAUGCAGUCUGCGAAUGGCACCUCUAGCUCCAGCGCGAACGCCAGCAAGACAUACAGUGUUCCCGCGAGUCUGGACAUGUGGGAUGACACGCCGCAGAGUCUGAAGAUGUGGCACAACCGCCGGGCAACCAACAGCAUCAGUGGUAGCUUCGGUUACUUGGAUGCCAGCAAUGCUAGGCCUAAGAAACGCGAGCGCAGUGAUUCGACCGAUCUCGUCGUGGACUCGUCAAGGUGUUUGGACUCUGAGAUAGAUUUCUUCGACACUGGCGAACACUAUCACUACUAUGUGGACUUUUCGCCCAUGCAGGUGGGUUUGUUGCGCGUAUCAUUAUUCUGCUAUAGUUACAAGGUGUAUCGGUAG